UGGUGAAGCAUCAGCUGGAUAGCAAGUUCAGGUGAUGCUCCUAUGGAACGGAGGCCAUUCUCAAAAAAAAGUUCCGAGUGAACAACCCAGCCCGGAACCCACACGGACAAGAUGUUCCCACCUCCCCUCGGACUCCGUCUCUUAUGGACGGUUUUCCCGCGUCUGGAUCCUGCGACACGUCUCCGACGGUAUCGGUACUUCAUUCUGAUGUCGACGUUCCUUGCGUACUUGUGCUAUCACAUGACUCGGAGACCCAUCGCUGUCGUUAAGGCUGUGCUGAAUCACGACGGCAACUGUUCCACCGCCCGCCCUCAGAUCAACAGGACAGUGCCCGCAAACGAGAGUGGCACAUGGUGCGAUUGGGAACCCUUCUCUGGCGACAGUCCGUACUUCGGAUAUCUGGACUCCGCGUACCUGUUCUCCUACGCGAUAUGUAUGUUCGGGUCCGGUUUCGUCGCGGAGCGGAUGCAUCUGCGAUACUUCCUGUCGCUGGGGCUCAUGCUCUCCGGGCUAAUGACUUACGCCUUUGGAAUCGGUUAUACCUUGAACUUGCAUUCGUUCUGGUUCUACCUGAUUGUGCAGAUAAUUUCCGGGGGCGUCCAGAGCUCUGGGUGGCCAGCCGUAGUCACGCUCAUGAGCAACUGGUAUGGCAAGACUAAAAAGGGUCUCAUCUUCGGGAUUUGGAAUGCCCAUACCUCGGUGGGAAACAUCGUUGGAGCCUUGAUUGCCGGAUCCUUCGUCGACUACAAUUGGGGAAUGUCGUUCUUCGUACCCGGUCUGAUUUGUUGCGCGGUCGGUCUCUUCGUCCUCUUGUUCGUCCCACCGGUUCCGGAAGAAGUCGGCAUUGACAGCGAGGCUCCCGCCGGGGCGGAUGCCACGGACGACGAGUCAUUGGUGACCGUUGCGGGAGCCAGUAUGUCGCGCGGCCGAGAGAUCGGUCCCGAUGAACGGACGGCACUACUGGAAACUUCCGGAGAACACAAGCAAGCGAUUUCUUUCUUCAGAGCUUUGGCUAUCCCAGGUGUCAUCGAGUUUUCGCUCGCCUUGUUCUUUGCGAAACUCGUUGCUUAUACAUUCCUGUUCUGGUUACCUCUCUACCUCGAGAGCUCGACGGGAUACGAUGCUCAAACGGCAGCAAAGCUCUCGACCGCUUUCGACAUAGGCGGUAUAUUCGGUGGUAUUCUAGCCGGAUACCUGUCCGAUAGAACCGGCGCGAGCGCAACAACUUCAGUGGUGUUCCUCUUUUUGGCUAUACCGAUGUUAUUCGUGUACAAAAUGUUUGGCACGGUGAAUGUCGUUUUGAACGUGCUUUUACUGCUGUGCACGGGAUUUCUGGUCAACGGUCCAUACGCACUGAUCACUACAGCGGUCUCGGCCGAGCUAGGUUGCCAUCCGUCGAUUAAUAAGAAGAGCAACGCUUUGGCGACGGUCACUGCGAUCAUCGAUGGGACUGGAUCGGUGGGAGCCGCUCUUGGACCUCUCUUCGCUGCGGUUCUGAAGAACGCUCUGCCCAGAUGGCUCGCUGUGUUCCUCAUGGUCAUGAUCUCGAAUCUCUUGGCUCUUAUCUGUCUUCUGAGAAUCAGCAUCAAGGAAAUCGCUAGAAUGCGGCGCCGAGAAGACAGCUCUCACGUGGAAUGAUCUCAAUAAGAGCCGCGAGGGUUCGUUUUGAUACGCGCGUAUUGUUCCUCCUAGUCGUCGUCGGUUUACAUUGUUAAUACCCAAAGGAUUGUUGUUAGAAUCUAUUCGCCCGGAACUGCAGGAGCUGUCGCUCGACGCGAGAUCGCUCAAGUCACUGGUGAACAAAGUCGCUCCGCGACCUUACCUGGAUAGUUUUAGGGUCGCAAGAUCAAUCCUUGUGAUUCCAAGACGACAUAACGACGUACCUUCAUGCAUAUAAACAUAUAUAUAUGAUGACGUUCAGGCGUCUACGGAGUCUGUACAGCCAAGGUAGGGGGAGCCGAGCACCUUGAAGGAAGAAGGUCUGAUAUUGUGCUUGAAGGGACCAUUUUUGGAGCAAAUCUAGUGAGAUGUUCGAGGGAAACCUGAUUUCGGAACUCAGGAGAAACUCUUGGAAGGUUUCCUUUUGUAUAUCAACGUGUUUCCAUCAUCUGAGUGAUAAACUUCUGAAAAUAUAAUUUAAGAGACAAG